AUGACCUACGGCGGAGGACACUCAGACGGGGUUGACCUCGCAAUUCCGAGUCCUGGAUCACCACCCGGCAUGACUUCGUCCGCCAUCACUUCCCGAGCGUCGUCCGUACGCUCGUUCAACUCGGACGACGGCGAUGAUGCUAUUACGGCAGAUGUCGCCCAUUUCGAGGAGAUCGGUCUUGACGACGAUGUCGCCACUAUCGACCCUUCUCACUAUCGUAAUACUCAAAUUAAGUCGGCUCCGAAUCCUUACAGCGCUUCCUUCGCUUCCGACCUUCGUGCCUCAUCUGCGAAACAUGUCGGUCCUAAAAUUCACCCACAACCUCGCGAUCUAGCCCGCCCGCGCCCUCAACUACGCACCAAUCAGUCGUUCUCAGGCUCACGACCUAGAGCGCCGACCCUCAGUGCGAAUUUCCGCGAUACUAGCACUCGCAGUCUUAGCACAGGAAUUGGCCAUGAUCCCCAACCAGGUCCUAUGCCGGUGCGCGGCCUCUCUGUACGGUCCGCUUCCACCACAGCGUCUCGCCGCCGUCGAAGCCCAAGCCCAAAUGUUUCUGCUCGAUCACUCAGCCCUCGGGAUAUGAAUCUCGUAGUACCAAAGCCACGACGAAGCAGUUGGCAGAUGGGCCGGGAGCCGAAAUCGGCAAUCGACUUGGAGAAGGAAUGUGAUGACGACGAUGACGAUAACAUUCCAGAUGAUCUCAUACUAGAUAACGUUCCGCUGUCGCCUCGUCCGCCGAUGCAGCGUUCAGCUAGUCGCCCAAAUUCUACCUCAACAUCCCCGGAAAGGCGACCUAAGGAACGUGUUCGUAGCGUCGGAAAUGGUACGCCACCGGUUGCAGUUCAUCAGGGUAGCCUAAGAUCCCCGGCAUGGAAAACAGAUUCAUCAUCCACCGAUUCAAACCGAUCGUCAACGUCCGUUUCGGCAAAGGGCCGAGCUAAGAGCUGGACUGCCGCUAUUUCGGAACUUAGUCCUGAAGCAAAGGCGCUCACCGAAAAGUUGGAGGAGCAUGCGGAUGAGCUUGACAAGCAUGGCCUACACUCAUCAUAUGACCGACCUAUACUAAAGCCGCGUGUAAAAUCUGCACUUGCUGAGCUUCCUCCUCUUCGGCGCACCAAUAUUAUGAUUGAUCCCUUACCUGUCUCAAAGGAGAAAGAGGCCGUCCUUUCGCGAACAAGGCCAUCCUGGCUGCCUCCAAAGGACCCUGCGGAAGAGAAGAGACAUAUCAGAGAGUACAGGAGAAUGAUGGCAAGCAGUAUUGAGGCCGACAAGAAACGAGAGGCGGCCCAGAAAGAGAAAGAACGGACUAAGGAUAAUGCUGCAAAGGCACUAAUGCAAGUAUGGGAAGACGACGUUUUGAAGAGAUGGGAUACCGCCGUUCGCGAGCGGCGAACUCGUGAGCUGUGGUGGAAGGGUGUAGCACCGCGUAGUCGAGGUGCUGUGUGGACUCGGGCUAUCGGAAACGAGCUGGGUUUGACGGAAACGUCGUUCCAGGCUGCCCUCACGAGGGUUCGAGAAGUUGAAGAUCGCUGUGCGGCUGGAAAAGCGAGUACCGAGGACGAACGCAAGGUGGCUUGGUUUGCUCAGAUCAAGAUAGAUGUGGAGGAGCGAACUUGGGCCGAUCUUAAAAUCUUUCAAGCCGGUGCUCCGUUGAACAAAGGUCUUAUUGAUGUCCUUAGUGCUUACGCCAUGUAUCGGAGCGACAUUGGCUACGUCUCUGGCUGUAACACUAUUGCCGCGAUGCUCUUGCUUAACCUUGCUACACCUGCUGCUGCUUUCGUCUCUUUAGCUAACGUCCUGAACCGGCCUCUUCCUUUCUCCUUCUACGCUUCAGACGCUGGGGCCAAAGCCUCAGCGUUUAACCUACUCCUUCAAACGUUGGGCACCAAGUCUCCGCGACUUCGCCAACACCUCAUAAAUCCAGAGCUUGGGUUUGAGCCGAAUGACUAUCUCGGCGAACUAUUUACGUCUUGCUUUACGCGCUUUUUUAGUCUCGAGGAAUGCACUCGACUAUGGGACGUAUACGUAUUUGAAGGAGACGCACUCUUCAUCCGCGCUGCCGUGGCCCUGUUGUUAGAUCUAGAAGUACCUCUUCUUGAUACUAACACUGUCGCUGAGGCACAGAACGUGAUCGAGUCGAGGAAUAAACUAGACCAACAGGAGACAGUCGAUGCAUGGAUGGCUAGGGUCCGAGGUGCAGGCAAGUCAUAG